UGGAUAUAAAUUAAACUAUACAAAUAUUCUUUAUUCCUUUCUUUCCACAUUUUGGGGAACCCUCUGUAUAAAUAGGAAAUUACUAUUGCAUCGCUUUUGUAGUAAAAAAGAGAAAAUUUCUCCCAGACUUGAAAACCCACGAUUUCCUUCUUGGUAUCAAAGCUUUGAAAUGACCAAUGGCGUCUCCCUCAUCGGAUCUUCAACCACAAACUUCAGUAACCCUCCUUUAAACCAAAUACUAAAUCAACUAGCCUCUGUGAAACUUGAUCGUGGAAAUUAUUUGUUGUGGCAAACCCUAGCCCUUCCCAUUCUGAAGAGUUACAAACUCCAAGGCCAUUUGACGGAAGAAAAUCAAUGUCCUCCAAAAUUCAUCAUAAAUCCAACCUGUGGAGCAUCAUCAAGAUCCACUACAACAAAAACGGUUAAUCCGAAAUUUGAUCAAUGGGUUACUUUUGAUUUAUUACUUUUGGGCUGGAUGUACAACUCAAUGACACCAGAAGUGGCACUCCAACUGAUGGGGUUUAACACAGCAAAGGACCUCUGGGAAGCCAUACAAGAUUUAUUCGGAGUACAAUUAAGGGCAGAGGAAGAUUUUCUUAGGCACACAUUUCAGACUACUCAAAAAGGUCAUAUUGGGGUUAGAUGAAAUUUACAACCCUGUAACCGCUGUUAUUUAGGGAAAACCCACCACCUCUUAGCUAGAUAUGCAGUCAAAAUUACUAAUAUUUGAGAAACGCCUUGAGCAUCAAAACUCCCAAAAAAUCCAGGUAAUAUUGUCCAAAACACCACUGUGAAUAUGGUUCAAAACCAUGAGAAUAAUGAUGCUCGACAACCUGGAAACUCAUAUCCACACAAUAGUAAUGGCUCAAAUGGAAAUAGUCACAGCAUGGAGGUAGCAACUUCGGCAGUCACGAUCGUGGCUGAGGAAAAGGAAACAAACCAACAUGCCAAGUAUGUGGAAAAUAUGGGCACUCUACACUGGUAUGUUAUAACAGCUUUAAUAAGAAAUUUUCUAGAAAUUUCAUUCUAAACAGAGGACACAAUAUUAACGCGGAAAUUACUAUUGCACCUCUUUUGUAAUAAAAAACAGAAAAUUUCUCUCA